GUACAUUUGUGGCUGCCAAUUCCUGUAACAUGGAGGGUCAUGACGUUAACUUGACACUGGAGGAAAGUACAUAUACCGAGCGGUUUAUUCUUCAUAAAAGGAUCAAGGGAGAGCAUGAAGCCGUAGACGCUCUUCCGUUUACUCUCAAACACGGAUCGUUUCAAAAGAUCUGUAUACAAAAGUUCGAUGAGAAGUCUGGAUGCAAUGAUCUUCAUAACUCGGCCAAAGAAUCAUUCGUUGACAACAAUUACCCGAUCUCGCUCGAAAUUGAAGGUAAUUCAAGGAAGUACACACAACUUCGUAAGGCAGAGGACGUAUUCGAUUACGAUGGGUUUAUUGAUCCCGCAGUUCUACAAGUAACUAAUCAAGAGGAGGGAAUGACAUUGUAUUCCAGUGAGAAGAUACGCGUUCAAUAUGAGCGUCACACAUCACUCAUAUUGGAUCCAAAAUUAAAACCUUGCAUCGUAAAAAAUUCUACUGAUGGACGAUUCAAAUUUGAUUUCUAUUCUGAAUCAUAUAGAACUAACGGGAGCAUAAAGACACAUAGCGUAAGUCAUUCUGAUGAGAGGCCUUUUAAAUGUGAAGAGUGUCAUGCGUCAUUUAAAAGAAAUAGCUGCAUACAACGUCAUAUGCUAGUCCAUUCUGAUGAGAAGUCAUUCAAAUGUGAACUUUGCUCUGCAUCAUUUAAAGCUAAGUACAACUUAAAGUCACAUAGCGCAAGUCAUUCUGAUGAGAAGCCAUUUAAAUGUGAAAAGUGUUCUGCAAUACUUAAAUUGAAACCUUACUUAAAAUCUCACAGCGCGGUCCAUUCUGAUGAGAGGCCAUUCAAAUGUGAAUUUUGCUCUGUAUCAUUUAAAACUAAGUGCAACUUAAGGGCACAUAGCUUAAGUCAUUCUGAUGAGAAGCCAUUUAAAUGUGAAAAGUGUCCUGCAAUAUUUAAAUGGAAACGUCAUUUAAAAUCUCACAGCACGGUCCAUUCUGAUGAGAGGCCAUUCAAAUGUGAAGUUUGCUCUGCACCAUUUAAAACGAAGUGGCACUUAAUGUCACAUAGCUUAAGUCAUUCCGAUGAGAGGCCAUUUAAAUGUGAAAAGUGUCCUCUAACAUUUAAAUCAAAAAGCAACUUAAGACGCCAUAGAUUGGCCCAUUCGGAUGAGAGAUUAUUCAAAUGUGAACUUUGCUCUGCAUCAUUUAAAACUAAGUGGGAUGUGAAAAGUCAUAUCCCCGCACAUUUUGACGAGAGACCAUUUAAGUGUGAAGAAUGUCACAAGUCAUUUAAAAAAAAAAGCAACUUAAACUUUCAUAGACUGAUCCAUUCGGAUGAGAGGUCCUUCAAAUGUGAACUUUGCUCUGCAUCAUUUAAGUUUAAGGCCAACUUAAAGCGACAUAGCCUAAGUCAUUCUCGAGAGAGGCCAUUUAAAUGUGAAAAGUGUUCUGCGUCAUUUAAAA